GGACCGAACCGAACCGUUGAAUCUGAACGAAUAUUUGAAACGGAUCAAUUUGCAGGCCGACGGUGUUGACUUUUGACUCUUUCUCUCUCAGAGGCAGUGACGGAUCAAAGCAGAAGAAGAUCUUUGGGGGUUCACCAUCACCACCUUCCCCUCCCAUAGCUGAUUUCUCUUUCGUGGAGUGUUUGUUCGAGGAUUGAGACGUCAACGCCACCGUCAUGUCGUCCGCAAUCUCCCAGCUCUCCUGCUUCUCUUCAAUCAACCGCAACCUUCACCUCCGUCGACGACCUCUCCCAUACCCACCUCUUCGUUCCAAGUUAUCAGUUAUAAUGAGUCUGGAUGGACGCGGUGACGAACUUCAUACUUCAGAAACUAAGAAUAAUCUAAGUUAUAGGGCUGAUGCAUCAAAAUUGCAUAUUGAGGGGACAAUGAAGUCACAUCCAAUUAUAGAAGAACCUGUUGCUGGAAAGGUAGAGAUGAAUGAGCCAGUACAGGGGAAUGGUGUCACCAAACAGAAAAAGGCAGCAAAGAUACAUGACUUUUGUUUUGGCAUCCCUUUUGGUGCACUUGUCCUUAGUGGGGGCCUUCUUGGUUUUAUUUUCUCAAGAAAUUUUAUGACUUUAAGCACGAAUGUGCUCUUUGGAGGUGCUUUGCUUGCACUUAGCACUUUUAGCUUGAAGAUCUGGAGGCAAGGAAAAUCCAGUUUACCAUUCAUACUAGGACAAGCAGUACUCUCAGCAGCACUUCUCUGGAAGAACUUAACGACCUACUAUUUGUUGAAUAAGCUGUUUCCUGCGGGUUUUUAUGCUGUUGUUAGUGCUGCAAUGCUUUGCUUUUACUUAUACGUCGUUAUCUCUGGAGGGAACCCACCUCCAAAAAAGACGAAGUUGUCAUCCACUGUUUCAACAUAACGAUGAGAGCUCUCCUCAAGGUCCAUCAGAUUCUAAAGAUCAGUUUCAUUUUUGUGAUUGUAUACUUAUAACUUGAACUGGGACUGUGAAAUGCUGAAAACUGUGUAGCUUGACGUCCAAAUGUGCGGAAAGUUUUUCAUGGUACUUAACACGGUCAGCAAAAUGAGUGGUUCCAUGUGGUCAUUACGCUGCGGCAUAGUUACUACUUGCUGGUAUGAGAUUUGUAAUACAUGAGAAUACGUUGAAUAUAAUUAAAUCUGUUGCUCCUUCA